CAGCAUAGGCACAGGCUUUUCGGCCGGACGUGCCAUCCCUGGGCCUGGGCCUUAGUUCCCCGCCCAGGGAGCCCUGGUCCCUCCCCCGAGGCCCGCGGCUCCGCCUCCGGACCGAUGCAGAGGGUCCCGGGAUCCCCGGGGUCCCAGGAGGAGCCCCCGGGCGCCCGGUCCGAGGUCUCGGCGCCCGAGAGGCCUGUGCGGACCGCGUCGCCUCCGCUGGAGGCCUCGGAUGACUCGCGGCCCGCGUCCUCGUCGCCCGCCUGGCUCUCCGAGUGGCCGCCGACCGCGAGCGCAGCGGGGGACGGGUCGCUGCCACGCAGGGCCGCGUGGGGCGGGAUGGCGUCCGGCACGUUGCUGGAGGCCGGCCUGGCUCGGGUGCUCUUCUACCCGACGCUGCUGUACACGCUGUUCCGCGGGAAGGUGCCGGGCCCGGCGCACCGCGACUGGUACCACCGCAUCGACCGCACGGUGCUGCUGGGCGCGCUGCCGCUGCGGAGCAUGACGCGCGGGCUGGUAGAGGACGAGAACGUGCGCGGGGUGAUCACCAUGAACGAGGAGUAUGAAACCAGAUUCCUGUGCAACUCCGCCAAGGAGUGGAGGCAAGUAGGGGUUGAGCAGCUGCGACUCAGCACAGUAGACAUGACUGGAAUCCCAACCUUGGCCAACCUCCAGAAAGGAGUUCAGUUUGCUCUCAAGUACCAGUCGCUGGGCCAGAGUGUCUACGUGCAUUGCAAGGCCGGGCGCUCCAGGAGUGCCACCAUGGUGGCGGCGUAUCUGAUUCAGGUGCACAACUGGAGCCCCGAGGAGGCGAUAGGGGCCAUCACCAGGAUCCGGUCACACAUCCACGUCAGACCCGGCCAGCUGGAAAUCCUCAAAGAGUUCCACAAGGAGAUCGCGGCGAGUGCAGCAAAGGAUGAGACGCAUCCUACAUCACAGACAUGAAGUGUGUGGACUAGAAAGAGCUCUCAAGACAACCCUGCUGGCCAUAGGAUGAAAAAGUUUAAUGGGACCCAUGGGGCUUAAGCCCAGGCAGCGUAAUAGAAGUGUGCUGAAUAAUGGGUAAUUUUGCUCCCUU